GUCAGCGAAACAGUCAGAGAAAUGGAUGUCUUUUUGAUGAUCAGACGUCACAAGACAACCAUCUUCACAGAUGCUAAGGAGUCUACCACAGUCUACGAGCUGAAGCGGAUUGUGGAGGGCAUCCUAAAGCGAGCGCCAGAGGAUCAGAGACUUUAUAAGGAUGACAUGCUUCUAGAAGAUAGUAAGACUCUUGGAGACUGUGGGUUCACAAACCAGACAGCCAGGCCUCAGGCUCCGGCCACAGUAGGACUGGCUUUUCGCAUCAGUGAUGAUGCUUUUGAGCCUCUAAGAAUAGAGGCCUUCUCCAGCCCUCCUGAGCUUCCUGAUGUUAUGAAGCCUCAAGACUCGGGCAGCACUGCCAACGAACAAGCCGUGCAGUGAAGGAGGAACUGCUGAUAAAGGGUUGGGGGGGGAGGUGUAAAGAGUGUCCAAAACACAUGUUUUAAGUUGGUGGUGCGUAUUGAGUUACAAAAAGAGCAUGAGUGAGAGUGAUCUUGUGUGAUAUUGUAACUUUGCUGAGAAUUUGAAUCGCUCUCCCUGUUACUCCUCACGUCCCAUCGAGCACUAGCAGCUUACUCUCACUGUAUUGUCGCAACCCCUUCCAAUGUUCAGUGUCAGCUCAUCUACAGGUUAAUCCACCAAUCACAACGUCCCAUUUUGAUUUGGUAAAGUUUCCCUUGAUUUCUGAAUGAAUUGCUUAUUUGUCAGACAGCUGUUAAUCACCCGUCAGAGGUGGUUAGAUAUCUGAGUAUUUAAACCUGUGCAUCUUAUUUAAUUCACACAAAUGUUAUGUUUGGAGAGUUAAACGUUUUGUGCUUUUUGUGUGUUUCAAUAUGUUAGGGGCGGGGUGGGUUUGUGUUUGAGGCUGUAAGGUUUUACAAAUGCCCACUUUACUGAUCGCAUUUACAGUACACUGUUGUGUGUUAAUGAAUAUUGAUAUUAUAAUUAUUCUUAUUUAGAUCCUGCAUAAUUUUAUUGGAGGGCAGAAGGCCAUAGGCUGAACCGUUUUAUGUUACCGACAUAAUAUAGUGUAAAUGCACAUAGAACUUACUGAACAUCAGAAUGGGCAUGGAUGCCGUCAGGUUAUACCUGCAAAUGAAUACAUAGCACAUGGUUAAGGUGAAUUCUGACAUAAAGUGGUUUCAUUGUAAAUACAUUUUUCCACUCGCAUUGUUGCUUCCUGAAGUGUGUUUUGCUUUUCUUUACAGUUUUGUGUUGGAGGAGUUAGUGUCCGCUUCUUUCUUUUUGAAUAUUUGUUUGGAAGCUUAAGUAUUGACAUUUAAUUCCCCGAAUUUGUAUUUAAAUCAAAGGGGAGUGUAAAUGCUAGUAAGGUUUUUUUUGUGCGUGUGUGUGUGUGUGGCAUUUUAAAAUGGUGGAAAGAAUCAAGUUAAAAUGUAAAGAUCAAUAAGAAUGAAGUCUUUGGGCACAGUUGCUUGAACAAGUGAAUGUUUAACUUUAACACAAAUGCUGACAUUGUGUUCAUCCCAAAAAAAAAAAAAAAAACUGAAUCCUAAUCGCCCCUAUUCUUCUCAGUGACGGAAGUGUUCCUUCACAGUACUCUUGCAAAAACAAACAAACAAAAAGUUAAAAACAAAAGAAAAUCAUGCUGCAGUAUCUGUAACUGCGUUUAAAUGAAUUAAAAUCAGCCCUUUUCCACUCCU